AUGAAAGUUUUCAUUAUUUUGGGAUUUUCAGCAGCUAUAGCCUUCACAGCUGUUUUCUUUUCUUUCCCUAAAAUAGGGAAAGAUACCAUCUUUGAACAAAUUGAAGAUAACUGCAUCACUAAGGCUAUCCAGAAGGUUUCUAGUCUGGUGGAUUAUGCUGCACAUUAUGAAAUUAAGAGAAAGAUCCAAGGAAGUGGAAUAGCAACCCCUACCUUACUGCUGACUUUCUCAAAAUUUCCUGAACAAGAGAGCCAAGAGAUUUCCCAAGCAGCUGAACGAAUGGAAAUGUCAAUUCGGGUGCUGAAACAAAAAGUUUGCCAGAAGCACAAGCGUUCAUUGCAUCCAACUGAUCAUUUAUCAUCUGAUCUGCUCACUAUGAUUGCUAAUAUUUCUGGAUGCCUGCCUUAUAUGUUGCCACCAAAAUGUCCAAAUAAUUGCUUAGCUAAUGAAUAUCGACUCAUCACUGGUGCCUGCAAUAACAGGGAACAUCCUAGAUGGGGGGCAUCCAACACAGCUCUGGCUAGGUGGCUUCCAGCAGCCUAUGAGGAUGGCCUCAGCCAGCCUCGAGGAUGGGAUCCCAGUGUCCGAUACAACGGAUUCCAGCUCCCCUCGGUUCGUGAAGUGACAAGAAAAAUUAUUCAUGCACCUAAUGAGGCUGUUACUGAAGACAGCCUGUAUUCUGAUAUCAUUAUGGUAUGGGGACAGUACAUAGACCAUGACAUUGCAUUCACACCCCAGAGCACAAGUAGAACUACCUUCCUAAGCGGGAUGGAGUGCCAGAUGACUUGUGAAAAACAAAAUCCAUGUUUUCCAAUAAAGGUAACCACCAAUGAUACAUUAUCUGCAGGGAAGGAUUGCCUGCCCUUCUAUCGCUCAUCUCCCGCAUGCGGCACCGGUGAUCAUGCUAUUCUCUUUGGAAAUAUAUCCAUGCUAAAUACAAGACAACAGAUCAAUGGCUUAACUUCUUUCCUUGAUGCCUCUACAGUCUAUGGCAGUACCCCUGCUGUUGAAAACAAACUGAGGAAUUUAACAAGCAAAGAAGGCCUUCUUAGAGUAAACCUAAAGUACCAUGAUAACCAUCGGGAGUACCUGCCUUUUACGGACCAGAUCCCAUCCCCUUGUGCACAGGACUCAAGUGCAAGUGCAGGUGAGAGGGUGGAAUGUUUCCUGGCUGGGGACAGCCGCUCCAGCGAGGUCACCUCCCUGGCUGCCAUGCACACACUGUGGCUGAGGGAGCACAACCGCCUGGCCCGAGCCCUCAAACGCAUCAACGGCCACUGGAGCGCCGAGACCGUCUACCAGGAGACACGCAAAAUUGUUGGUGCUCUGCAUCAGAUUAUUACUUUAAGAGAUUACAUUCCCAAAAUCAUUGGUCCAGAUGCUUUCAAUCAGUACAUUGGCCUUUAUACAGGUUAUGAUCCCACAAUCAAUCCUACAGUUUCUAAUGUAUUUGCAACAGCUGCUUUUCGUUUUGGUCAUGCAACAAUCCAACCAAUAGUAAGGCGAUUGAAUGCACAGUAUUUAGAUGAUCCUGAACUCCCAAAUCUUCACUUGCACCAAGUUUUCUUUAGUCCCUGGAGACUCAUUAAAGAAGGAGGCUUGGAUCCUUUAAUAAGGGGUCUUCUAGCACAUCCAGCAAAACUGCAGGUACAAGAUCAACUGCUGAAUGAGGAGUUAACAGAAAAACUGUUUGUGCUAUCCAAUAAUGGUUCACUUGAUUUAUCGUCAUUGAAUUUACAACGUGGCCGUGAUCAUGGACUCCCAGGUUAUAAUGAAUGGCGAGAAUUCUGUGGUUUACCAAAACUGGAAACUCACACUGACCUGAAUACAGUAACAACCAAUCCCAAUGUCACUGAAAAAAUCAUGGAAUUGUACCAUAAUCCUAACAAUAUUGAUGUUUGGCUUGGCGGUCUCAUGGAAGACUUUCUUCCAGGCGCUAGAACUGGUCCCCUGUUCGCAUGUAUAAUUGGAAAGCAAAUGAAAGCACUAAGGGAUGGUGACCGAUUUUGGUGGGAAAAUGAUGUUUUCACAGAAGCUCAAAAGCAGGAACUCAUAAAACAUUCACUGUCCCGCGUGAUUUGUGACAACACAGGAAUUUCUGAAGUUCCAGCAGAUGCCUUUCAACUUGGAAAGUUUCCACAAGAUUUUAAGCAUUGUAACAAUAUACCUGGGAUGAAUUUAGAAGCUUGGCAAGAAUUUUAUCAGGAAGAUGAGCUAUGUGGAACACCAAAGAGUGUGGAAAAUGGUGAUUUUGUAUACUGCUCAGAAUCUGGAAAAUCUACAGUGACUUAUACAUGUCACUAUGGAUUUGAGUUACAAGGAGAAGAACAAUUAACCUGCACAAGCAAAGGAUGGAACUUUGAGGCUCCAAUUUGUAUAGACAUUGAUGAAUGUGAAAAUGAAAUUAAUCCACCAUGCCAGCCUUCUGCUACAUGUGUUAAUACUAAGGGCAGCUACAAAUGUCUCCACACUGAUCCCUACAAGCUGGCAGAAGAUGGAAGAACAUGCACUGGUAAUGGCUGUGAACCUACUGACCAUUAA